AUCCACCACUACGUCGCCUCACAAAUCACCGGCCCUCCUCCUCCUCCUCCUAUUCCUCUUCCUCCGCCGUAUCUCCGCCGACAAUGGCUAAUAUCCGGCAACCCACCACCGCCUCCGCCGUGACCUUCCUCCUCCUCUGCCUACUCUUCUCUUCCUCAAAUGCCCAUAACAUCACAAGAAUAUUGGCCAAAGACCCGGAUUUCUCCACGUUCAACCAUUACCUAACGGCCACUCACCUGGCCGACGAUAUCAACCGCCGUCAAACCAUCACCGUAUUGGCCGUCGACAAUGCCGGAAUGUCGUCGAUCUUAUCAAAGGGUUACUCACUCUACACGAUCCGAAACAUCCUCUCUCUUCACGUACUCGUCGAUUACUUUGGCGCCAAGAAACUCCACCAGAUCACCCACGGGACAACCUCGACGUCGACCAUGUUUCAGGCCACGGGCUCGGCCCCGGGGACUUCGGGUUACGUUAAUAUAACCGAUCUGAAAGGGGGGAAAGUCGCUUUCGGUGUCCAAGACGAUGACAACAAACUCACUUCUCACUACGUUAAGUCUGUUUACGAGAAAGCUUAUAACAUAUCUGUUCUUCAGAUCAGCCAGGUCAUGACUUCUCCCGAGGCAGAAGCUCCUACUCCGAGCCCUAGCGAUUUCAAUCUCACCACCAUUCUUGAUAAGCAAGGAUGCAAGGCCUUCGCCGACAUGUUGACGUCGACUGGAGCGGAUAAGACGUUCCAGGACACGAUUGACGGAGGGUUAACGGUGUUCUGUCCGACUGACGGCGCAGUCAACAAGUUCAUGGCCAAGUUCAAGGCUAUGACGGCGGCGAACAGAACGGCGUUAGUGUUGUACCAUGGAAUCCCUGUUUACCAGUCGUUGCAGAUGCUGAGGUCCGGUAACGGCGCCAUCAACACUCUGGCGACGGGCGGAGACAGCAAGUACGAUUUCACGGUGCAGAACGACGGCGAUGACGUGACGUUGGAGACGGACGUUGUAACGGCGAAGUUAACGGGGACGUUAAAGGAUCAAGAACCGUUGAUUGUGUACAAGAUCGAUAAGGUUUUGUUGCCCAGAGAGAUUUUCAAGGCGAGCGUUAAAGAAGCUCCGUCGCCGAAGCCGAGCAAGAACAAGAAGUCGCCGGAGGAAGACGCCGACGCUCCGACCGAUGAUUACGACGCCCAAGUCGCCGACAAUAAAAACGGCGUCGCAUCGACGAACGGUCGGAGUUUCUUGACGGCGAUCGUCGGAUUCUGCCUAGGAGCUGCUAUGUUCGUAUGAUAAUGAAGAGUGAGGUGGGUCUGCGACACGUGGCAUAUGUAAGAUAAUCGCCUCGGCGGGAAUCUUGCCCUUUGGGGGUUGCUUCUUUUUUUUUUUUUAAAUCCUUAUUUAAAAAUCAUUUUUUUGUUGAUUUUUGUGUGGAGAUUUCGAAUAAUAAUUAGUCCACUUGUCAGUUGCUUGGGCUUGUCGGUUUAUAUUGGGAUUUGUUUGUAAUUCUCUGAGCUGUAUAUCCAAAAUGCAUUUAAUAAUUAAACAAAUAA